AUGUCUACUAUACCCCCGAAACUCGCACCAGGCAAGCCCCUCCUCGUCGAGAGGCUGUCACGGGUGCUUCCCAAGGAUAUCGCCUUUGGCGUUUACCACCUGUCAACGCCGCCAACCAAGACGGACGCACUCUUCUCUGCACCACCCAACGAGCACGAAGAUAAGACUUACUGCGAAAAUCACUUCCUUGCCGUGACCGUCGACGCAACCGGCUCAACAUCAACAGCCAAUGGCGGCGACCACGAAAGCCCGACGGUGCUUGCCUUUGCGAUCGAGAUAUUCAUCUUCACGACCGCGUACACGAGUACUUUCUUCGUCUCCAAGGCCGACUCCACCGGAUAUCUCGCACUUUUGGGCCUCCUGAAAGGCACGCCAUCGCCCAUCAAGGAGGUCUGCGGCGCCUUUAUGUCAUAUCUCAUCGAGCAGCGCCAACGCAAAGACAAGCAGUGCAUUGUCAGCUUGUUCGCUCGUGCGCAGGAUCAAUAUCUGUUUCCCGGUAGCAUCAAGAACAAGACGAAACACGUGCUUGAUGACAGGGGCUUGGUGAAGUGGUGGUGCAAGGUGCUGAAUCCUUUGUUGGCAUCGCCGCCGGCAGGAGACUGGGCGGCCGCCAAGGCCUAUCUCGUCAUCCCCGGGUUGGACGCGUACGAAACCAAAGCUUUCCUGCCCCGGACAGAAAAUGUGGCCGCUCAUUGGGAACUGGGACAUCCGCUGGAAAGAAUAUCGCACUACACCAGGGAGUACGACUGGGUUCCGCCAAGAUGCCUUAUCCCAAAGUAUCCCGACGAUCCCAAGUCUCGGUACCGGGACGAGCUGGAUGAAGAGUCGGCCAAGUCAAAACAGCUCCAGACGACAGGCAUGUGGAAGGGCAUCCGCUCGCUCGACCAGUUCUGGGAGAUGCUGGCCUAUCGACAAGAGUGCUCCAGUGGCAGGCUGACGGGAUUCAUCUGGGUCGUGUUUGACCCCAAGAACGGUGAACAGAGAGCAGACGCUCCCACAUCUUUUCCUACGCCCAGCGCUUCCCUCAUCACGCCCUCCACGGCCGAACCGCCUUCGACUCCAUCAAAACAACGCACAACGAGCACGGCUAAUCUGCUCCUCACCCCAAGAAAGCUUUUUCAAACGACAGAGUCCGCUGAUGCAGCUUCCAAGGCCAAAUCGGAGAAGAAGGCCAAGAAGAAGAAGAAGCCUCUCCGCGGCAUCAUCAAGACGCGCCAGCCCAAUAUCAAAACGCAACGACGCAACCAGUUCAGGGCUCGCAAGAUCAGCACUGCGUACUACUAUUGGCCCCUCGAGGGGCGCGGGCAGCGAGUUGUCGAGGAAUCGGCUUACAAGCGUUCGAUAGAACUGCUUCUCCACCUCGAUUUUGCCAAUCUGGACCUCGCUAAGGGCAGCACAAGGAGGUGGGUGAGUGAGGUUGGCAUGGGCGAGCCGUGGGGCUUGGAGGUCACUGGCCAACGCGAUGUUAGUGUGGUGGACCAUGCAGCUUCUGCGACGGCAACUGGGACUGUGAAUAACCUCUCCGGGAUGGUGAAGCGUAAGAGGGCGCCAGCGAUAGAGGAGAACGAAGAUCAGCCUGCCAAGAUCAACGUUCUAAGCGCUGGCCUCGUUCGGAAGAAGCCGAGGGCUUGA